AUGUCAUCACCCACAUCGAAGAAGUCUCCGUCAAAGUCGCGAAUCCCGAAAUCGACAUCUUCACAAUCGAUACAUCAGGCAAGGAACAUAACGAAAUCGCUGGACGUCUACACGAAGUUUGGAAAGUCACAAACAUCAGCUCGGAGAAAUAUUACAUUGACUUUACGGGCGCUCAAUAUGGAUUUCGCAAAAAAGAUCAUUGCAGAGGAGGAGUUUGAAAGAACCCACGCAGCCAAGAUUGUUUACUACGACGACAAACCCCUCGGUCGCUGUGGUCGCAAGGUAGAUGAAAUAGACGAAGCAAUGACAAAGAACAGACAUCAUUUUUCUUGGAAGCAACUACCUCGAGAUACCUCAAUCGAGGAGGAAAUGAUGAGGAAAUGGAACGAGAACAUCCCCGCAAGCAAACUAGUUUUCCUCCCCGACAAGGGAUUCAGGGAGGAUGGGUAUCAAGCACAGCGAGAGUCAUUCCGUGUCAUCCUUGAGGGAAGUAUACAGAGGGGUAUGGAUAUCUUGAAGGGAUAUCCCAUUGGCAAAGUUCCUGGACACGAUCUGAGUACCAUUGGAGAGGAAGACAAAAUACGAUACAUUAGAGUCCCGCUACCUGAUGCUGAGAUGCCGUGGUAUACGGGAAUGACUGGUGAAGAAUUGAGAGCUAAAUAUACUGUGGUGGAUGAGAUGCCUCCUCAGCUUUUUGAUAAUAUGCCGGCUUUCUUUCAGGAUAUGUACUUGGAGCGGAAAAAGCGAGAUGCUGAGGAGCGGUUGGCGAGAGAUAGAGCGAAGAAGUAUAUUCUCAGGAUAUUCAGGCAUGAUGAAAGGAUGCAUCUAGUUCAUUCAGCAUCUCGGAAUAAAAGCGUGUUUCCCUCUACCAUCACGCAAGAUUGCUUACUUUGCCCCUUCAUUCGUCAGCACUUGAUCGCUUACAAUAGCCGAAUUGGGCCAUAUCAUGACAAGCCUUUUCAUAAGAAUCUUACGGUGUUAUCCAUCUCCGAAUCGGGCCAUGCGGAGGUAUUCUGA